AUGCCUUCCCAGCAGGUUUUUAAUUCUCGUGACGGAGCAGUUUAUACGACCUCCACUGGUGCGCCAGUGGGUGAACCUUACGCGGCUGAGCGUAUUGGCGGGCUCGGCCCCCUGUUGCUGCAGGACUUCCACCACAUUGACCUGCUCGCCCACUUCGAUCGCGAGCGUAUUCCCGAGCGUGUUGUCCAUGCCAAGGGUGCUGGUGCUCACGGUUACUUCGAGGUGACGCACGACAUCACCGACCUGACCUGCGCGUCAAUCUUCAAGAAGGUUGGUAACAAGGCUAGGGCUACCGUUCGUUUCUCCACCGUAGGUGGUGAAUCCGGGUCCGCCGACACUGCGCGUGAUCCCCGCGGCUUUGCCAUCAAGAUCAAGACGGACGAGGGUAACCUCGACUGGGUGUUCAACAAUACUCCCGUCUUCUUCAUCAGAGAUCCCGCCAAGUUUCCCCACUUCAUCCACACGCAAAAGCGUGAUCCCCAGACGCACCUGAAGGAUGCUGACAUGUUUUGGGACUACCUCAGUCUGAACCCGGAGUCGAUCCACCAGGUGAUGAUCCUGUUCUCGGACCGUGGAACCCCCGACGGCUUCCACCGUAUGCACGGCUAUUCCGGUCAUACCUUCAAGUUCGUGAAGGAGAACGGCGAGUUCGUCUACGUUCAGAUCCACCUCAUCAAGGACGGCGGCGCCAAGUCUCUCGCAGAGCCCGUCGCGGGGAAGCUCGGUGGUGACAACCCCGACUAUGGUAUCCAGGGUCUGUUCGAGGACAUCGAGGCGGGCAACUUCCCAUCCUGGACCGUCUACGUCCAAACUAUGACCACCCAACAAGCGGAGAGCUUCCGUUACAACAUCCUUGAUCUCACUAAAAUCUGGUCGCACAAGGACUACCCUCUUCGCCCCGUCGGCAAGCUCGUGCUCAAUGAUAACCCCCAGAACUACUUCGCGGAGAUCGAGCAGGCUGCAUUCUCUCCGUCCCACCUUGUUCCCGGUAUCGAAGCCUCUGCCGACCCCGUUCUUCAGUCCCGUCUCUUCUCCUACCCCGAUACCCACAGGCACCGUCUCGGCACCAACUACAACCAGCUGCCCGUGAACGCGCCGAUCGCGCCUGUCGCAAAUUUCCAGCGUGCUGGUGCGAUGGCAUUCGUCAGCCAGGGGGCGCGCCCAAACUAUCAAAGCAGCCUGGUGCCUCUCACCUACAAGCCCAAGCCAUACGCGACCGUCAAGCAUGAGACGUGGCUCGGCGCUGCCAACGCCGACUUGAGCUUCAUCACCGAGCUCGACUUUGAGCAGCCCCGUGCACUGUGGCAGAAGGUGUUUAACGACACGGAUCGGGAGCACUUUGUGCACAACGUCGCGGUCCACCUGGGCAACGCAAAGAGCGCCGCAGUGAAGGCGAGGCAGCUAUCCGUGUUCGCCGCUGUCGACCAGGAGAUCGCCGACCGUAUCGCGAAGGCUAUUGGUGUGCCGACCGUCCCGCCCCUUAAGGUUGCGUCGGCAUCGGAGGCUAUCCGUUUCAAGGCGUUCGCCUGA